UCCAUUUUCAAUGUUCUAAUUGCGUACUUAACUUCAAAUUGAAGCCUCGUAAUUAACAAAAGGCGUUCAUGAAGAAGAUAUCUCAGCCUGUUAUACCUAGAAAACRWUUAUUAGACGAUGAUGAUGAUUGUGUGCUUGAGGAAAUCAUAAAACCUAGAAAGGUGGUGUCCAAAUAUCCUCCUCCAAAGAUCAGAACUGGAGUACAAGUCGUCCGUGAUUUCCCUCCUGGUUGUGGCAUCAUAGAUAACUCUCUUAGGAACARAGCAGAGAGGAUUCUUUUGAAGCAUUUUGACAAAUAUGGCUCAAAAAUUAGGAAGAUGACUUSCAAUGACAAGGAUAAGUUGGCGGACUCUCGGUGUUUCGAGAAUAAUGAACUUAAAACCUCUAAACCCAAGGAAUCUGGGGGGAACACACCUUUGGGCUCGAGGCCAACUGGUAAAGUUCAAUUUUGGGAUCCCAAUUUGUCAAAGGAGGGUAAUGACCAAAAGCCAGAAGAUAUCGCCAACGGUGGAUCACGAAAGGAACAAUUUAGACUCGAAAAAUCGAGGAGGCCAGCUGGUAAAGUUAAAUUUUGGGAUCCUAGGACAGAGGAGGGUGAUGCCCAAAARCCAGAAGACACCACGACGGUUGUAUCGCGAAAGGAACAAUUUAGACGUGAGAAGAUCAAUGAGGCAAUGGCUAUGUUUGAGGACGUUUAUGAACGAUUAUACCUAGAGAAUAGAUCGAAGCCGAAGGRAGAAAAGAUAGCUCAUUGGAGGAUAACUAUAGAGGCCGCCAAGAUAGUCAAACAAAGGAAGAAGCUAAUGGAUGUUGACAAAGUUUUAGGCCACAUUUGUGGUAUACGAGUAGGUGACAAGUUCAAAUUUAGGGCACAACUUCAUAUGGUUGGCCUCCAUUGCCAACUACAAUCCGGUAUAGAUUAUGCAAAGGUUAGAGGGAAGAAUCUAGCUAUCAGCAUUGUUGACUCUCAGCGUUAUUUGAAUGAAAGGGAGUCUUGUGAUGCGUUGUUGUAUUCUGGUCAUGGUGGGGUUAAGUUCUUGGGGGGUAGGCCAGAAGAUCAAAAACUCGAGAGGGGUAAUCUGGCUUUGAAAAACAGCAUUAAUGAGAAGAAUCCCGUUCGAGUAAUUAGAAAGCUACAUACGGGUAGUGGGAAGAACAAUGAUGUUUUUGUGUAUGAUGGGUUGUACAUUGUGAAAGGUUAUAAACAACAAAAAGGUGCAGAAGGCAAGAUGGUGUUCAUGUUUCAAUUAAAGAGAAUACCUGCGCAACCUCAACUUCAUAAGAUGCUAAAUAGUAGCAGGUAAUGUCAUUUAUAUACCCUUCUUGCACCUUACACAUGCUCGUAUUAGCGAUAGCUCUGACAACUCUUAUGUUAGCGAUAGCUUUGACAACUCUAUGUYAGCGAUAGCUCUGGCAACUCUUAUAUUAGCUAUUGCUUUGACAACUCUAUGAUAGCGAUAGCUUUGAUUCCUGUAUAUUUUUAUCGUUUUAGCUAGUCAUUACAUGGAUAUCUUGUUAGCAAUAGCUUUGAUUCCUGUAUAUUUUUCUCGUUUUCUAUUUUGUUAGCGAUAUCUGUGAUUCCUGUAUAUUUUUCUCGUUUUCUAUCUUGUUAGCGAUAACUUUGAUUCCUUUUUCCUGUUUUUGCAAAUCCUUUUUUGGCGCAAUUCCGACUUGGUGAGUUGUUUUUGAUGUUAUGUGCAUUUGGUAAGCCUUGUCAUAUGAACUAUUUCCUUCUUUGGUAAGUCCUAUCAAAUAAUACAGAACACCACUAUUUGAGGGGGUUAAUUCAUUGUCACUAUCAGUGGUACUAUCUUUACUAUUAAGAUGUGUUGAUGAUAAGUCGGACCAUAUUCUUGAAAAGGCCGUUGCUACAUGGAUAUCUAUUUAUGUCAAAAUCAAGUCAAGGAUAAGUUUUACCAUAUUAUUGGAAAGGAUGUUACAUGGAUGUCUAUUUAUGACAAACUCAAGUCGAGGAUGAGUUAAUUAUCCACAAUUAGUUAAUAAUGUGGGCUGGAUUGGAUUAGUUAGUGUUGUGCAUACCAUAUUAUUGAAAAKGAUGUGUUAUAUGCAUAAUUAAGUUAAAUCAUAUAUUGGAAAUAUUCAACGGAAAAAGUAAGUAUUGUGUUGAUGUACUUGUGAAGGAAACAGGAAAAUUAGCAUGCAGGUAUCCAUUUAGCAAUAUAUACGUGUAUUUUUGGCCUGUUGCAAUUGAAACACCAUUUUUUAUCAUUUGGACAUAGCGAAAAGGUAGUUUUAAUAUAGUUUAAUAUUUGAUGUCUUGUGUAUCGUUAUAACAUACCAAAAAGAUCGUAAUGGUAYUUAAAAGAGUGAUAUUUAUAGACUUYUAGAUACGUUGUCUGUACAGUUUCAACCAUUUGACUAUAUAUCAGUCGUCAAUUUACACUAUUUUCUUUAGCAUCUGCAAGACUGCAACUACAACGGAAGU